AUGUCGUCUGCUCUGCUGGACGAGGCCACGCGCAUCGCGCGCGAGUUCGAUUACCCCGCGGAUCAGGUCCAGCGUGGUGUUGAUGAGUAUAUCAAACAAUCAAACGAGGGUCUGGCACAGGAAAACACCACAUUAAGCCAAAUUCCCACUUUCGUGACCGCUGUGCCCAAUGGCACCGAAAAGGGUCUCUACCUCGCAGUCGACCUGGGUGGCACCAACUUCCGUGUGUGCUCCGUUCAGCUCCAUGGCGACACCACCUUCUCCCUCACUCAGUCCAAGAUCAUGAUCCCGCGGGAACUCAUGGCCUCCGGUACCUCCAAGGAUCUCUUCCUCUUCCUGGCCCGCCAAAUCGAGGCCUUCCUCCGCAUUCACCACAACGAGCACUUCGAGGCUCACCUGCUCCGGAGACGCGACGGCACCGACAUGGAGGACCUGUUCGACUUGGGCUUUACCUUUAGUUUCCCCGUCCGCCAAUGCGGAAUUAACUCCGGAACCCUGAUCCGCUGGACCAAGGGCUUCAACAUCCCUGAUGCCGUUGGCCACGACGUAUGUGCUCUGCUUCAAUCCGCCAUCGACGAGCUCCACCUGCCGGUCCGCGUGGCUGCGCUCGUCAACGACACCGUCGGCACACUGAUGGCUCGCUCGUACACUUCCCCGGCGAGACCGGCACUCUGCUGGGUGCCAUCUUUGCUCAAGAGCAUGAAGGAUGCGCACUAUGAUACCACUACGGGCGAGAUGAUCGUCAACGCCGAGUGGGGUAGCUUCGACAACCACAUGAGCGUGCUGCCCGACACCGUCUACGACCAGCAGCUGGAUGCUGACAGCAACAACCCCGGUGUGCAGAUGUUCGAAAAGCGUGUCUCGGGUAUGUUCUUGGGUGAAAUCUUGCGUCGUGCCCUGCUGGCCAUGCACAACAACUCCGACCUGGGCCUCUUCAAGCCCAACAAGACCUCCAACGUCUCUCUUCCCUCCGAUUCUCUUUUCUACCGCCAAUGGGGUCUGGAUACCAGCCUGCUAAGCCAAGUCGAGGCCGACACCUCCAAGGACUUUGUCGACGUCAAGGCUGCUCUCAAGGAUCACCUGAAGAUUGAGAACCCCAGCGAUGCGGAGUGCCAGGCCGUCAAGAUCCUGGUCCAUGCCGUCGGCAAGCGUGCCGCCCGCCUGAGCGCCGUCCCAAUGGCCGCCAUCCUCAUCCACACUGGCAAGCUCGAGACCGAGACCAUGGUCGAUAUCGGUGUCGACGGCAGCUUGGUGGAGUUCUACCCCAAGUUUGAGGAGUACAUUCGCGAGGCUCUGCGUGAGGUACCCAAGGUCGGAGUCGCUGGUGACAAGAAGGUUCGCAUUGGUAUCUCCAAGGACGGCAGCGGUGUUGGUGCUGCUUUGAUCGCUCUGGUGGCCAGUAAGGACGAGAGCCUGCAAAGCCCCCAUGGCCAUCGGAAAUGA